ACCUGAGCUAGUCAGACACUCAACUGACUGAGCCACCCAGGUGCCCCGUGGAAAAAAUAUUUUCAGUCAACAAAAAUGAACUAUCAAGUGUAUAAUAGGAUAAGUAUACCGUAAUUUUUAAAUAAAAACAUGGACUAUAGAGGUAUAAUCAGUACAUCCUGAGUCAUGAAUUAUAAGAGAUAUAACAGAGGAGGAAGAUGAGAUCAAUGUAUUAAGAUAUCUCUAGGUAGUCAGAGUAUGAAUAUUAAGUUAUUAUUAUUUUUACUUUCUUGUGUUUUAUAAUUUUUUAAGUCACGAGAUGCUGAACUUGAAUUACGUUUAUACCACAAGGAAAAAUUCUUGUGUUAUAAGAAUCAUGUUGUGAUAUUUUACUUUAUCCUACCCUACCCAAAAUUAAAAAAGAGAAUAUUGCUUUGCAGCAGUUAGAGUAAAACAGUACAGAAAUGCUGUCUGAAGAGCUUUGUUUUUUUAAAGCUUAUUUAUUUAAGUGGGGCUUAACAACGGGCUCGAACUCACGACCGUGAGAUCAAGAGCCUCAUUCCUCCAACUGAGCGAGCCAGGCACGCUGAAGUAGCUGGUUUCCACCCAAACAGCAAUUUACCAACAUUCUCUUGUGGGAUGUUCUCAGAUCAUUUCAACGACUAGUAUACUAAUACAAAUUAGGACCCAAAUCAAGAAUUCUAAAACCUAUUCUCUUAUAUUCUCUGAAGAAAUCAAACUCUCUUUUUGUAAACCUGCUUACCAAGUGAUACAUAUCAUGCUUGUUUCAGCAACCAGCAGGGUCACACAGUGUGUACUAGCUGGCGUAUAAGUGGGGUUGUAGAGGAAGAAUCCCGAGAAUUCAUCCUGUCACUUCUGACGGUCUGCCUGACCACUCUGUGCCGUGGAUUUACUUCUGUUCUUCCAGCGAGUCCUCAGACUCGUGUCUUAAAGCUAUUAAGGCUGUGCUUUCUUAAACUGCCAAUGAGGAGGUUACUUUACGGUAAACUUGCUUUACGAAGAAAAGUUUCGCUAAUCUUACCGGACCAGCAGAAGAGUGUUUAUUGGCACAACGGGGCAGACUAUUUGAAAUCAGAGGGAGUGCCUUUCCAUUCACAUUGGCCAAGCUGGCAUCCAGAUUGGGGAUGCUUGCUGGGAACUCUACUGCCUGGAACAUGGAAUCCAGCCAGACGGCGUUCUUCUCGACAGUAAAAAGGAUCAGGUGGAGAAUGCUAAAAUGGAGCAUAUGGGCGCGUCUUGCAAUACCUUCUUUAGUGAGACCAGAGCCGGGAAGCACGUGCCCAGAGCCCUCUUCACAGACCUGGAGCCAACUGUUAUAGAUGGGAUCCGAGCCGGCCAGCAGCGCUCGCUCUUCCCCCCGGAGCAGCUCGUCAGCGGGAAGGAAGACGCGGCAAACAACUACGCCCGAGGCCGCUACUCUGUCGGCGUGGGCAUCAUCGACCUAGUGCUGGAGAGGAUCCGAAAGCUGGCGGAGCACUGCAGUGGGCUUCAGGGAUUUUUGAUUUUCCGGAGCUUUGGAGGAGGGACUGGAUCGGGAUUUACAUCUCUCUUAAUGGAGAGGCUCGCGGCAGAAUAUAGCAGGAAGACAAAGCUGGAGUUCUCGGUCUAUCCGGCCCCCAGGAUCUCCACUGCUGUCGUAGAACCUUACAACUGCAUCCUCACCACCCACUCCACCCUGGAGCACUUGGACUGCACCUUCAUGGUGGACAACGAGGCCGUCUAUGACAUCUGCCACCACAAACUCGGUGCCGAACGCCCCUCUUAUGCCAACAUUAAUAGGCUGAUAGGUCAGGCGGUCUCUUCCAUUACUGCUUCCCUCCGUUUUGAAGGGCCCUUGAAUGUGGACCUGACUGAAUUCCAGACCAACCUCGUACCGUAUCCGAGAAUACAUUUCCCCAUGACAGCCUUUGCCCCCAUCGUCUCUGCCGACAGCGCCUACCACGAGGAGCUCUCCGUGUCCGACAUCACCGCUGCUUGCUUUGACUUCUCCAAUCAGCUGAUCAAGUGCGACCCUCGGCUGGGGAAGUACAUGGCCUGCUGCCUCCUCUACAGAGGGGACGUGGUCCCUAAAGAUGUGAAUGCAGCCAUUGCAGCCACGAAGCUGAGGAGCUCUGUGCAGUUCAUAGACUGGUGUCCAACCGGUUUCAAGGUGGGCAUCAACAGCCAGCCACCCACGGUGACACCAGGAGGGGACCUGGCCAAGGCCCGGCGGGCUGUGUGCAUGUUGAGCAACACCACGGCGGUCGUGGAGGCCUGGGCCCGCCUGGACCACAAGUUCGACCUCAUGUACGCCAAGAGGGCGUUUUUACACUGGUACGUCGGAGAAGGCAUGGACGAAGGCGAGUUCUUAGAGGCCAGGAAAGACUUGGCAGCCCUGGAGAAGGAUUACGAAGAAGUGGGGCAAGGUCCCUGAGGCAAAUGUGGCCGGGGAGGAUGAAGACUGCAUCAAAGCCCGUGCUUUCUUUUCAGGACACUAUUUACGCCUCGCGGGUAGAUGUCCCCAUUAGAAGAAACUGGAAACCGAAUCAAGCAAGACCCUGAGUUCCACACUAGAUGAGACGGCUCGGUACCAACAAUGAGCUCAGAUUUCCUUGUCUAUAGUGCAGUUCAGCACGGCUCCCUUGAACCUUUCAGGUUUGGGGUCCUUCGAGCUACUGGAUCACCUCUAUGUUUCUUUCCUUCUUUUUUUUUUUUUCUCAUAAUGGAAACCUAGCUCUAUUCUUGGAUUUUGCAACAAAAGACCAUGAACCCCUAAAGUCAGUGUUCUUGCUUUCCCUUUCCUGAGGUGUAAAACAGCACAUGUUAAUUAUUACUGUUAUUUCCCCCGUGCCUAUAUUUUGUACGUUGAUUAAAUAAUGAAUAUUUUCAGUA